AUCACCUUCGAACCAACCGAGUUCUCCUAGACUUGCCAGUGGCGCGCAAUCACCUGGGCGCUACUUUGUGCGAGACGAAGACCUCGAAACGAGACGACCCAGCUUCGCUACAGCCCGCUUUACAGCUCCCAGUCUGCCCAAUCUUCCCACCUUGUCUGACUUGGCUGAGAUUCGGCGGACUCGCAUGCCCAACUUACCAAACCUACCAAAUCUACAAAGCAUGCGACAGAAUUUACCCAAUAUGCCGAACGUGGAGAUGCCUCGAUUCUCGCCAUACGAAAUGAUUGACUCGCUUAGCCGCAGCUUCUCACCUAUGAGAUAUUACUUACGUGGCUUGGAUACGCAGGACGAAGAUGAGAUUGGAUCUGAGCAUCACCGUCCAACAAGUGCUAGGAGUGUGCCAGGCAGAGCAAGGCGCGGAAGUAAAUUGAGGACGAGAAGCGACGCCGAUGUCCAGAGUAUAGACGUUGAUCUUUUUGAGCAGAGCGAUGAUGAAGAUGGAACGGGUGAAACUGCUGGCGAGGAAGAGAGUAGUGAUGAUGAAGGGGAUGAAGAACAGGAUAUGUCUGAUGCCGAUAUGCUUGAUGAUGUGGACGACGGUGAUGCAGAUGAAGGCGAGUUUGAGAUUUUUGGACACCGCUGAGGAGGGCAGGGCAGGGCUAUUCUGAGCUGAGAGGUUGGAGCUGGUCGUGAGCAGCGAGAGCCAUUAUUCCUAGCGCAUCAAAUCCUACAAAUCGAAACAAGUUCCGCAAAAUG